AUGUCUAUACGUCCUGCUACACAUGCCGGUUCCUGGUAUUCGAACCAUGGGAAUGAAUUAUCAACGCAAUUGCGAGGAUAUUUGGAUGAUACGGGGAAAAGUGCUGUCAGAAGUGCUAGAUUGAUCAUUUCACCUCAUGCUGGCUACCGUUAUUGUGGUCCCACUAUGGCUUAUUCUUAUGCUUCAUUGGAUAUUGAUUCUAAUGUGAAGAGAAUCUUUAUACUAGGGCCCUCUCAUCACGUAUAUUUCAGAAACCAGAUAUUUGUAACCAAGUUUGAAUCGUUGGAGACACCACUGGGUGAUUUACAAGUUGACCAGGCUCUAUGUCAGAAACUAAUGAAAUUACAGGAUGGCCAUCUAUUUGUCCCGAUGGAUCAUGAUGCUGAUAUGGGUGAACACUCUUUGGAAAUGCAAUUCCCAAUGCUAGUUCAAACUUUAAAAUGGAGAAAUGUGCCAUUGGAGAGUGUCAAGGUGGUUCCUAUGUUAGUUUCUCAUAACAGUGCGGAAGUCGAUCUUGCAGUGGGACAAGUCUUAAAGACUUACAUGGAUGACCCUAGUAAUUUAUUCAUCAUCAGUAGUGAUUUCUGCCAUUGGGGACGUAGAUUUGCAUACACUGGCUAUGUUGGUAGUGAAGAUGAGUUGAAAGAUGCAUUACAACAAGAGACGGAGAUUGAAAUGUUGACCGCUAGAAGUAAACUGUCACAUCAUCAAAUUGAUAUCUGGCAAUCAAUUGAAAUUCUUGAUAAGAUGGCAAUGAAAGUCUUAAGUGAUACGGCAAACGAGGCAAGAUACAACGCUUGGAAACAGUAUUUGGACAUAACCGGAAAUACGAUUUGUGGUGCUAGACCGAUCGCUGUGAUCCUAAGUACAUUGAGUCAAAUCGAUGAAGCAUCACACAAGAUCGAUUUCCAAUGGCCAAAUUACUCACAAAGUUCCCACGUUAAUAGUCUGGAUCAUAGUAGUGUCAGUUACGCUGCAGGCUAUGCAACUUUAGGUUAG